AGACUUGGCUUAGGUCUCCUCAGUGUUGUGUUUUGCCUUGGUUUUCUUCUUACCUUUCUCUCUCCCCUUAUAUAAUAUAUAUAUAUAUAUUAUAAUAAUAAUAUCGCCGGCGGCGACCGGAGAUCGGAGACGCCGGAGUUAAUCAAAAUCAAAAGUAGAAGAUGAAGAUUUUCGUGAAGACGCUUAAGGGCACUCAUUUCGAUAUCGAAGUCAAGCCGGAACACACUGUUGCUGAUGUGAAGAAAAAUAUAGAGGAAGUUCAGGGGUUAGACGUUUACCCUGCUGCACAACAGAUGCUCAUCCAUCAGGGUAAAGUUCUCAAGGAUGCAACAACACUGGAGGAAAACAAAGUUGCUGAAAAUAGUUUCGUUGUCAUCAUGUUAAGUAAAAGCAAGGCAUCAGGUGGGGCCUCAACUACAUCUGCACCUUCAACUCAGGCCCAACCUGCUACUCCUUUGGCUCCAUCACAGCCAUUAACAGCAUCUCAAGCUCCUGCAUCAACUGUAGGAAUUCCACUAUCUGCCCCUGAAUCUACUCCUGUUGCUCCCGCUCCCGCUCCCGCUGCUGCUGCUGCUCUUACCUCAUCAGAAUCAGAUGUUUAUGGCCAAGCAGCAUCGAAUCUUGUUGCUGGAAGUAACUUAGAGGCUACUGUUCAACAAAUUCUUGAUAUGGGUGGUGGGAGUUGGGAUCAGGAUAUGGUUGUCCGUGCUUUACGUGCUGCUUAUAACAACCCGGAGAGAGCUGUUGAAUAUCUGUAUUCAGGUAUCCCUCAGCAAGCUGAAGUUCCACCCGUGGCUCAAGCUCCAGCAAGUGGGCAGGCUGUGAACCCUCCACCCCAGGCUCCACAGCCAGCAGUGCCUUCCAGUGGACCCAAUGCAAAUCCCCUUGAUCUUUUUCCACAGGGCCUUCCAACUGUGGGUUCAAAUGCAAGUGCUGGCAAUUUGGAUUUUCUGCGCAACAGUCAACAGUUCCAAGCUUUGCGAGCUAUGGUGCAAGCCAACCCUCAAAUCUUGCAGCCGAUGCUUCAGGAGCUGGGAAAGCAAAACCCACACUUGAUGCGGCUCAUUCAGGAGCAUCAAGCAGACUUUCUACGCUUGAUCAAUGAACCUGUUGAAGGGGGGGAGGGGAACAUACUGGGGCAACUGGCUGGAGCAAUGCCACAGGCUGUGACUGUCACGCCGGAAGGGCGUGAGGCUGUUGAACGUCGAUAAUAUUUGGAGGCAAGUUUUAGCAUUGUGUGCAUGGAAGGGAAUGGUACGAAGAACAUUCCUUGUGGGUGUAGCAUAUGGACAGGCAUUGUGAAUGGUGGGGUGCAUUCUGCAGAUAUGUCAAUUUUGGUGUAAUGAGGUGGAUGGUACGGAAGGUCUGGUGGAUGGAUUUGGUGGGGGUUGCCUUGAAGUAGGGAGGUUUGAAAUUGAAUCACCUUUUAGAGGAUAUUAAUGGCUACUUAUGACCCCUCUUUUCUUUGGAAAGGGAUUUAGAGCACUGUAGUGUAGUCUUUCUGAGGUCAUGUAUUUUUGUAUGGACGGAAGCUCAUUACCUCAUUUUUGUUGCUAUUUUUGGAGUUUUUUUAUUUUUAGUUUGGGGGUGUGAAGUUUUCAUCCCUCUGAGGAUAUUGAACAGUUUACUUAUGAAGCGAGCAUAAUUUUGAGCUCACUGUAGAGUUGGAUUUGUGGAGAACUUGGAGGCUUUGCCUUGUAAACAUAAAUCUACAUAAUGUGCCCUUUUAA